UUGGGGCAUUUUCAAGGACUUUCAGGCACUUUGAAGCUCUCAAAAUUUGGGAGUGUAUCCAGCCAGGGGCUGGUUCUUCCCUGUCCUGGCUGCGACCCCAGCCCCAGUAAUUCCAGUGCUUUACUGGUGCUGCGACUUUUGGGGUGGUUUGGGGGGAAAUCGCGACUUUUAUCGCUAUUUUUGGUAAUUCCGAAGGAAUCCCGAGCCUCACCUGGAAGGAGGCACUGGAAGGAGGGAUCUCAUCCCCACCUGAGCACAGCUCCGAAGGACCCCAACCCUUCCCCUGGAAGGCGCCGAUGCGAUGGAGGGAGAUCGGCCCCACCUGAGCUCAGACCCGACCACGCCGUACCUGAGGAAGGCUCCGACCCCUCCUGGCCAUGAGGACGCCGACACCGCCGUGAUCGCAGUGGUGAUCACCCUGGUGUUCCUGACCCUGCUGACCGUGCUGGUGGUGAUUGGGAUUUACCUGUACCGGAACCAGGGCUCCUACCUCACCUACGAGCAGCCCGAGUCCGACGCCACCCCGAGGGAGGAGCCUCCGGCCAAGGACAAGGAGGAAUAUUUCAUCUAAGGACACGCCUGGGAUCCACACAGAUCCCGAAAUCCCCUGGAGAUGGAGGCCUAUGUGGAUUUUCAGGAGUUAGGAUGCUACCUGAAUUCCCUGUCAUCAGGGAUCUGCCCAAAUUUCCUGGAGUUGAAAUAUCCCGGAGCUGAGGAUCUGCUGACAUUUGCUGCAGGUGGAGGAUUUUCCUAAGUGGGAAUCUUCCUCAAUCCCCCAGAGGGAUUUAGGGGCUUUACCUGCAUUUCCUGGCUUUGGGGCUCUCCCUGAAUUCCCUGGAUUUGGGGAUCCACCUAAAUUGGAAACCUGCCUGAAUUCCCUGGGGUUCUGCCUAAAUAUCCUGGAGCUGGGAUCUACCUGAAUGCCCUGGAGCUUGUGAUCUCCCUAAAUCCCCUGGAGCUGGGGCUCUACCUGCAUUUCCUGCAUUUGGGGUUCUCCCUGAACUCCCUGGAUUUGGGGAUCCACCUAAAUUGGAAACCUGCCUAAAUCCCCUGGGGUUCUGCCUAAAUAUCCUGGAACUUGCCAUCUACCUAAAUUCCCUGGAGCUGAGGGCCUAUGUGAAUUUUCAGGAGUUAGGAUGCUGUCUGAAUCCCCUGGAAUCAGGGAUCUGCUCAAAUUUCCUGGAGCUGAAAUAUCCCAGAGCUGAGGAUCUGCUGACAUUUUUUGGAGGUGCAGGUAGUGGGAUUGCUAAUUACCUAGACGGAAGGGCUUACCUCAUUCUACUGGCUAGCCCGAGGACCGCCAAAUCCGGAGGGAGCCUCACCAAACAGGGAAUAUUCUCUAGGAAUUCCCUGGGUUAGAUCUGCCAAAUCCCUGGAGAUGGGGUCUAGUGGAUUUUCAGGAGUUAGGAUGCUACCUGAAUUCCCUGGCAUCAGGGAUCUGCCCAAAUUUCCUGGAGUUGGGGAUGCACUGAAAUAUCCCAGAGCUGAGGAUCUGCUGAAAUGUUUUGGAGGUUGGGGAUCUUCCUAAGUGGGAUCUGCCUCAUUCCCCUGGGGCUCUGCCUGCAUUUCCUGGCUUUGGGGCUCUCCCUAAAUUCCCUGGAUUUGGGGAUCCACCUAAAUUGGAAACUGCAUAAAUUCCCUGGGGCUGAGGUUCUGCCUAAAUACCCUGGAGCUGGGAUCUACCUCAAUCUCAUGGAACUUGUGAUCUCUCUAAAUUCCAUGGAGCUGGGGCUCUACCUGCAUUUCCUGCAUUUGGGGUUCUGCCUAAAUUCCCUGGAUUUGGGGAUACACCUAAAUUGGAAACCUGCCUGAAUUCCCUGGGGUUGAAAUUCUGCCUAAAUAUCCUGGAACUUGCCAUCUACCAAAAUUCCCUUGAGCUGGGGGUCUACGUGAAUUUUCAGAAUUGGUUGCUACCUGAUUUCCUGGUAUCGGGAUCUCCCAAAUUUCCUGGGCUGAAAUAUCCAGAUGAGGACUGCUGAAAUUUUUGAGUGGGAUCUGCUAAUCCUGGAUCUGGCUUUACCUGCAUUAUGCUUGGGUUCUCCUAAAUUCCCUGGAUUUGGGAUCCCCUAAAUGAACUGCUAAUCCCUUUUGGGUUCUGCUAAUUCCUGGA